UGUGACCAGUGUGGGAAUGGAUUCAAACGAAAGGCACAUCUGAAGAGUCAUCUAUUCACUCACACUGGUGAGAAGCCCUACGCCUGUGACCAGUGUGGGAAUGGAUUCAAACAACAUGCAUAUCUGAAGCGUCAUCUACUCACUCACACUGGUGAGAGGCCCUACACCUGUGACCAGUGUGGGAAGGCCUUCAAACACAAGAAAUAUCUGAAGUUUCAUC